AUGGCCGGUCGGUGUUCCUUCUUCUCUCCCACUUCCUCCGACAUUGCCAUCUUUUCCCACUCUCUCACACCAUCACUCUCACUUCAAACACCAACAACAACCAAAACAAGAACCUUCCUGAAGAGAAGAACCGGGUCAUCCGUGAGGCCUCUCGUUUGUGCCGCCGCCAACAACCCUCUUCAAUACCGGAAACUCGGUGACUCUGACCUCAACAUCAGUGAAGUUACUCUUGGUACUAUGACUUUUGGGGAGCAAAACUCGGAGAAAGAAGCUCAUGAUAUGCUUGGUUAUGCGUUUGAACAUGGGAUUAAUGCUCUGGAUACUGCUGAGGCUUAUCCAAUUCCAAUGAAGAAAGAAACGCAAGGAAGAACUGAUCUCUAUGUUGCUAGCUGGUUGAAAUCUCAAUCUCGUGACAAGAUUAUUGUAGCAACAAAAGUGUGCGGUUAUUCUGAGAGAUCGGGUUACUUACGCGACAAUGCAGACAUUUUGAGGGUUGAUUCUGCAAAUAUAAAAGAAAGUGUAGAGAAAAGCCUUAAUCGUCUUGGGACUGAUUAUAUUGAUUUGUUGCAAAUUCACUGGCCAGAUCGCUAUGUUGCAUUGUUUGGUGAAUAUUCCUAUGAUCCAUCGAAAUGGAGGCCUAGUGUGCCGUUUGUCGAACAGUUGCAAGCUUUUCAAGAACUUAUCAAUGAAGGAAAGGUACGUUACAUAGGCGUUUCAAAUGAGACUUCAUAUGGAGUGAUGGAGUUUGUCCAUGCAGCUAAAGUUGAGGGACUUCCAAAGAUUGUUAGUAUUCAAAACAGCUAUAGCUUGCUAGUAAGAAGUCGAUUUGAAACUGAUCUCGUGGAAGUUUGCCAUCCAAAAAAUUACAACAUUGGCUUGCUAUCCUAUUCUCCACUUGGAGGUGGAACACUCACAGGAAAAUAUAUAGAUAUAAAUUCUGAAGCUGGAAAAAGUGGAAGAUUAAAUCUUUUCACUGGCUACAUGGAAAGAUAUAACAAAUCAAUUUCGCGGGAAGCAACUAUCAAGUAUCUUGAGCUGGCUGAGAAACAUGGUCUAACUCCUGUUCAGCUCGCACUUGGAUUUGCGAGAGACCGUCCAUUCAUGACGAGUUCAAUCAUCGGUGCAACUUCCGUAGACCAACUAAAAGAAAAUAUUGAUGCUUUUACAACAACAGAACGGCCUUUACCAGCUGAAGUCAUGGCAGGCAUUGAAGCUAUCUUCAAGAGAUACAGAGAUCCUACCAUUUUUUGA